AUGCAUGCUAUGGCUUGCAAGUGUGUUUAUCAGUCCCGGGCCUCGCUGUUGAAACACACUAAGUCAUACGACGUCAUUCAAUUUGUGGAUGAAAUUGGCCUCAACUUUGAUAAGGAGCAUCGUUUGAAUGUAGACUUCUACUUCGAACUCCCUUUUGAUGAGCCAAUGCAUAGUUCAGCUAAUGGUUUGAUCUUUCUAUGUGGCGACGAUCAUGAUGAUCUUAUCCUGUGCAAUCCAAUCACACGUGACUAUAUCAAGCUCCCUUGUCCUCGCCAAUCUUCCCCUAAAGAUCAGAUUGACGUGGAGACUUUUGGAUUUGGAGUGAGCAAGCUGACCGGCCAAUAUAAGGUGGUUAGGAUUUUCGGAGAAAAACCACUACAUGAGGAGUACAAAAAUGAGUGCCAAGUAUAUACUGUGGGAACCGGAUCGUGGAGAAAAGUCCCCUCUGAUAGCUCGCUCUGGUUAUAUAAAUGGGUUGGAGGGGUAUUUCUGAGUGGGAAACUUUAUUGGACGGUCAAGAAAGCAACAAAUGGCUCUGGUAGAUGGAUUUCAUGCUUUGAUCUUGAAACAGAAGUUUAUAGCGCCUUUCCUUCACCUCCGUAUUUCUCUAGAGAUGCUCUCUUUGGUAAGACACUCAGUGUUUUGAGGGAUUGCCUCUGUGUAAGCGAUCUUUCACUUGAUGGGAGACUUGUAAUCUGGUUGAUGAAUGAAGAUGAUCAGUGUUUCACAAAGGAACUAAUUAUCAUCCCCCGAUUUGGUUACUCCUUUGAUGCAUAUAUUCAUGUGUGGCCAAUAAGACUUUUCGAAAACGGUGAUGCCUUCAUUGAAGCAGAUGGAUAUCUAUUCUACUACUCCAACACGUCGGGAACUUUUGAUGGAGGUCUAUUCUGCUACUCCAACAAGUCAAAAACUAUUGACUAUGACAUUGUGGUUCAAAAGGUUCGUAGGCGUGAAAGUCUUACAACCAUGUAUGCCUCGAGCUUUCUCUCGCUCAAGAGUUUUGUGAUGGAGAAUGUUAGCUCAUUUUGA